AAGGAGAUUUGAAAUGGGGAGAAAAGAAGAAAGUAAGAAGCUAGUGUUCGCAUUGAAUGGAAAGAGAUGGGAGGUCUCAAGCGUAGAAGAUUCAUCGAGUACUCUUCUUGAAUUCCUCAGGACUAAAACCCGUUACACAGGAGCUAAGCUUGGGUGUGGGGAAGGCGGUUGCGGAGCUUGCGUCGUUCUUCUGUCGAAGUAUGACCCUGUAAAGGACCAAGUUGAAGAGUUCACAGUGAACUCAUGCCUGACUCUUCUUUGCAGUAUAAAUGGCUGUUCAAUUACAACAACUGAAGGCCUUGGAAACAGCAAAGAUGGGUUCCAUUCAAUUCAUCAGAGGUUUUCGGGUUUCCAUGCUUCUCAGUGCGGCUUUUGUACUCCUGGCAUGUGCAUGUCUCUCUUUGCAGCACUUGCUAAUGCUGAAAAGACUGAAAGGCCUGCCCCUGCCGAUGGAUUUUCAAAGAUCACAGCAUCUGAAGCUGAGAAGGCUAUUGCAGGCAAUCUCUGCCGGUGCACAGGAUAUCGACCCAUUGCUGAUGCCUGCAAGAGCUUUGCAGCAGAUGUUGAUAUGGAGGACUUGGGUCUCAAUUCCUUCUGGAGAAAGGGGGAGAAUGCAGAUGCAAAAGUGAAUAGAUUGCCCUUUUAUAGUCGUGAAGGGAUCUGUACAUUUCCAGAAUUUCUGAAAAAUGAAAUCAAAGCAUCCAUGAAUGGUUUUACUGACUCGCCAGUGAAGUGUCCUAGUGAUUUUAUGUGUGCAAAACUGCAAGUUCCAGGUAAUUGGUAUAGCCCUGUUAGUGUUGAAGAGCUUCAAAACCUCUUGAAAUCCGAAGUAGCUGAGAAUGGAAACCAGGUGAAAUUGGUUGUUGGCAAUACAAGUGCCGGUAUUUAUCGAGAAGCAGUCGAAUAUGAUAAAUACAUCGAUCUAAGACAAAUUCCUGAGCUUUCAGUUAUAAGAAGGGACAACACAGGGAUUGAAAUUGGAGCUGCCUUGUCGAUUUCCAAGGCAAUCAGAAUAUUAAGGGAAGAGAUAGAGAGUCCUUCAAGGUCCAAUGAAAGACUGGUGUUCACGAAAAUUGCAGAUCAUAUGAAUAAGAUUGCAUCUCAAAACAUCCGAAAUACCGCAAGUUUGGGUGGUAAUAUAAUCAUGGCACAACGAAAUCCAUUCCCCUCGGAUAUCACUACCAUUCUUCUCGCAGCCGGUUCGUCUUUAAACAUCCAUACUGGUUCAGAAGCGGUAUUGCUUACAUUGGAGGAUUUUCUCCAAAGGCCUCCAUGUGAUCCGAAAACCUUACUUUUAAGCAUUCAAAUCCCAAGCUGGAAUUCUAUAGGAAACUCUUCAUCUGAUACCAAAUUUCUGUUUGAGACUUAUAGAGCCUCUCCACGUCCCCUUGGAAAUGCUGUGGCUUAUGUCAAUGCAGCUUUCUUAGCUACUGUUUCGACCCAAGAAAUGUCGGAAACUCUUGUUUUGGAAAAUCUAAGGCUGGUUUUUGGUGCUUACGGGACUAAGCAUGCAAUCAGAGCAAGGAAGGUUGAGGAAUUUUUAUCCGGGAAGUCCACUACUCCGGCUGUGCUGCUUGAGGCAAUCAGAAUACUUCGAGCAACCAUUGUACCUGCAGAAGGCACUUCCCAUGCUGCUUACAGAUCAAGUUUGGCAGUUGGGUUUCUCUUUGAUUUCCUUCGAACCUUUGUCAAAGCUCCGACGGGACCUGAAAAUGAUUUAUGGAUGAGGAUCUCCAAUGUUGUUGAUAGCACUGAAAUUCAAAAUGGUGGCAUCAAAGGAUAUUCGAAUGUUUUUGCAGAUGAGUCUUCUGAAAACGGUAAUCUCUCACACAGAAAAGACCAUCCGGAGAGACCAGUUCCGCUCUUAUCUGCAAAGCAAGUUAUAGAAAUCAGCAAAGAGCAUCAUCCAGUGGGUGAGCCUACUAAAAAAGUGGGGGCCGAGAUUCAAGCUUCUGGUGAAGCAGUGUAUGUAGAUGACAUUCCUGCUCCCAAGGAUUGCCUUUAUGGAGCGUUCAUCUAUAGCACAAGGCCUUUGGCACGUGUAAAGGGCAUUGGAUUCAAAUCUACAUCAGCAAGUGAAAGAAUCGUUAAGGUUAUUUCUGUUAAAGACAUUCCGCAAGGAGGAGUUAACAUAGGCUCUAUGUGUUCAUUUGGUGAAGAACCUCUAUUUGCCGAUGAUCUUACCCAGUUUGCCGGUCAACCUCUUGGUUUCGUGAUUGCAGAAACAUAGAGAUAUGCCAACAUGGCUGCUCAGCAAGCGACAGUUGAUUAUGACAUGGAAAGCCUGGAACCUCCCAUUUUAACUGUAGAAGAGGCUGUUGAAAGGUCCAGCUUUUUUGAGGUACCUCCUAUGGUUUCCCCAAAAACAGUUGGUGAUUUCUCGAAAGGAAUGGCAGAAGCAGAACAGAAGAUUCUCUCUGCCAAGAUUGAACUUGGAUCUCAAUACUAUUUCUAUAUGGAGACACAAACAACACUUGCUGUACCGGAUGAAGAUAACUGCAUGGUGGUGUACACUUCAACCCAGUGCCCUGAGCUCUCACACCGCGUAAUCGCAAAAUGCCUUGGCAUUCCUGACCAUAAUGUUCGUGUAAUUACAAGGAGGGUUGGUGGAGGAUUUGGUGGGAAGGCCUUUAGGGGUUUAGCUGUUGCGACUGCAUGUGCACUUGCAGCAUACAAGUUACGCCGCCCUGUCCGAACUUACCUUGAUCGAAAAACCGAUAUGAUAAUGGCUGGCGGACGGCAUCCAAUGAAGAUAAACUACUCCGUUGGUUUCAAGUCUGAUGGGCAGAUUACAGCUCUACAUACCGAUAUAUUACUCAAUGCAGGGAUAUCUGAAGAUAUAAGCCCAGUCAUGCCAUCGACCAUUGUGGGAGCAUUAAAGAAGUAUAAUUGGGGAGCUCUCUCUUUUGACAUUAAGGUCUGCAAGACAAAUCAUUCGACCAAGUCAGCCAUGCGGGCCCCGGGAGACUUACAAGGGGCCUACAUUGCCGAAGCUGUAAUCGAGCAUGUUGCUUCAGCUCUUUCCAUGGAGCCAGAUUUGGUUAGGAAAAGGAAUCUGCAUUCAUUUGAAAGCCUCCGGUUGUUUUAUGGAAAUAGCACUGGUGAACCCGCUGAGUAUACUUUACCUUCAAUUAUGGAUAAGUUGGCUGCAUCUGCAAGUUUCCAUCACAGGACCGAAAUAAUCAAGCAAUUCAAUGGUCAUAACAAAUGGAGGAAACGGGGCAUUUCUCGUGUACCCAUUGUGUAUGGAGUGCGGCUGAGACCGACACCGGGCAAAGUGAGCAUCCUCAAUGAUGGUUCAAUUGUCGUUGAAGUCGGAGGGAUUGAGUUAGGACAGGGCCUGUGGACAAAAGUGAAGCAGGUUACGGCAUUUGCCCUGGCUCAGCUAUUGAGUGAUGGAAAUCAAGAACUUCUAGAAAGAGUUCGAGUUAUUCAGAGCGAUACUUUGAGUCUAGUGCAAGGAGGAUGGACUGCUGGGAGCACCACGUCAGAGUCAAGUGGUGAAGCAGUUCGGGUUGCAUGCAAUAUCUUAGUUGAAAGGCUUAUGCCGCUCAAGGAAAGGUUGCAGGAGCAAAUGGGUGCAGUUUCCUGGGAUACUCUAAUCCUCCAGGCGAAUCUCCAAUCAGUGAACUUAUCAGCACAUACCUUAUGGGCCCCUGACUAUAGUUCCAUGGAAUAUCUAAAUUAUGGUGCUGCUGUAAGUGAGGUGGAGAUAGAUCUUCUUACAGGUGCUACCACGAUCUUGCGAACAGAUCUGAUCUAUGACUGUGGACAGAGCUUAAACCCUGCUGUGGAUUUAGGACAGAUUGAAGGAUCUUUUGUCCAAGGAGUUGGAUUUUUCAUGUUGGAAGAGUAUCUAACAAACUCCGAUGGGUUGGUGGUUUCGGACGGAACGUGGACAUACAAGGUUCCAACGAUUGACACAGUCCCCAAAGAAUUCAACGUCGAGAUACUUAACAGCGGCCAUCACAAAAAACGCCUGCUCUCUUCCAAAGCUUCUGGGGAGCCACCAUUGCUUCUAGCAGCCUCGAUUCAUUGUGCAACUAGACAAGCCAUCAAAGAAGCAAGGAAAGAGCUCCUUGCAACCAAGUGCUAUGAUCAUCCUUCUUUGACAUUCCAAAUGAAGGUCCCGGCAACCAUGCCAGUGGUCAAAGAGCUCUGUGGACUGGACAAUGUGGAGAGGUACUUAGAAACCAUGAUUUCUCACCAAUAAAUAUCGUUUUGCUCAUCUAUUUCUGUAUUCUCCAUAUGUGAAUAUAUGCUUAAUGAACUGCCAUAUAGACUUGUAAGUUGGUGAUAUACAAUGCUACAAGUGGGGCCUGCUGUUCGUGAUCCAACCGUUGAUAUGAUGGGCCUCAACAUGGAUGACCUAUGAAUUGAAAAUCCCUUCUAUUUGAAGAUCUUAGCUAUAGAAACAUUUGGCAUUUCCUUUUUCAAAUGCUUCUGUUUGUCAGACACAUUGAAGGGUAAGAACACUUCCAAUAAGCUGGGUUGUCCACAGUGGGCCCAUAAUAUCAGCAGUUUUGGAUCAAUAAACCCCCUCCUACAAAUUAAAUACCCAAAUGGUACUUUUACAAAUUUUCAGUCCAAGCAUUUAUAUGAUAUGUCUAUAUAAAGCUUGAGAAAAAUGUGGUGUAUGGAUUAUUUACAUGUAUGUAUGGAUUGUGGUUUGCUACAUUGAGUAAUCUGUCGGGCCCAAAGUAUUCUAUUAAGCGUUAUAGAGGAACCGGCUUCUUAUCA